AAAAAAUAAUGAGUUAAUAAUCAUCUAACCAAUAUGCAUAUCAUCAAGAAUUGUAUGAGUAGCACAUAUAGUAAUUGGAUCAAAUAAAAAACGAAAUAGAAGCCCAAGACCCAUUUAUUAUUACUUAACCAAUAGAACUAUAAAUUUUAGAAUCAGAAUAUUUAGAAAAUUAAGGGUUUCUUCAAAAGAUUCAAGUAAGUGAUUGAAAGGAAUUUUAGAAAAUUCGAUAAUUGUAUCCAUAGUUCAGAAGAGUAAGGAGAGAUGGUAGCUGCUUUUAUAGAGCAGUUCUGUUUAGAAUAUUCGAAUAUAUAAUAGAAUCCAAAGAUUAGCCACUUUUAAAUAAGUUUAGCACUAUAAUUGCCAAUUCAAAAGCAGACUUAACAGCUGUUGGAUAUGAAUAAAUUGUCAUUGAUGAUUUUUAUGACGUAAGCUUGCAUAUUUAUAUAGGAAAUAAUGAAAUAAAUAAAAUUAUGUCCUAAUAACAUUACUAUUUAAGGAAUAGUUGAGGCAUUUUGCAAUAAAGUUACAUCCGACUAUCUUAUUAUGUAUAUGAGAAUGAUGACAUCUGGAUAUAUAAAAGCAAAUUCAUUUUUAUUUGAAGGAUAUAUAGAAACAGGAACUGUUGAAUUAUUUUGUUAAUAAGAAGUUGAUCCUAUUGAUAGGGAGGCAGAUUAAGUAAUAAGAAAUCUCUAAUAAAGAUGUAAAUCAUUGCGUUGCAGAACUAUUUGUAAAUCCCAAUCAGGAUAUUCUAUUUGGAUGGAAAUGUUGCCACAUUUGAUGCCACAAUUUUUUAAAUUCCAGAGGAUGCAGAUCCAAAAUCAAUAUUUAUUAAUCUUUUAUACAGACCUGGACAUUAUGACAUUCUUUAUCCCAAAUGA